GAGAAGACAGCGCCGUUUGACACGUGAGCUUCAUGUGACAGAGCUGGGUCGGGCUGAGCGGACAAGCGGACAGAGUUUAUUUCUCUCCUGGAUCCCUUCAGCCCCAACUCCCUCUUGCUACCCAUUCGGCGUGGAAGAGCCGCCGUUACAACACUCAGCGCUUGGCGUUGUAAAAAAAUAUUUAUUUAUAUAUAUCGUCGGCUUUGAAUGACCGAAUUGACGUUUAUUUUAAGGAGCAAACUUGCCGCGUGACUUUUUUUUUCCGGCUGCAUCUCAUUUGUAAGUAAAAAGCGUCACGAAAAUGGAGCGAAUCCCAAGCGCACAACCUCCUCCUUUGUCCAAGGGUGAUCUAGCAGACAUGCAUGGCAUGGAUUUCCCGAUGUACGCGUACAAACCCAGGCGAGGAAUGAAAAGAGGAGAGGAGAGCAAGGAGACCUACAAGCUGCCUCAUAGACUCAUUGAAAAAAAGAGACGUGAUCGGAUAAACGAAUGCAUUGCCCAGUUGAAAGAUUUGUUGCCGGAGCACCUAAAACUUACGACUUUGGGCCAUUUGGAGAAGGCCGUGGUUUUGGAGCUCACACUCAAGCACAUGAAGACGCUGAGCACUCUUCUGGAGCAGCAGCAGCAGAAGAUCCUCGCCCUUCAGAGUGGCAUGCAUAUCGAGCAACCUUUGGUCAGCCAAGAGAAGUCGGAGGAGAUGUUCCGCUCCGGUUUCCACAUGUGCGCCAAAGAGAUGCUUCAGUAUCUGACCAGUCGCGAGAGCGACGGCAACUUUGCGCCAUCGCACGUCAUGAACCACCUUCACAAAUUAGCCACUGAAGUGCUCCAAAGUCCAAAGCGACCCCACUCUCCGCUCAGCCCUCCACCCGAGGAGAUGCCCACAUACAGCCAGCACCAAAGCCACAAAGAGACACCCGCCAGCUUACCCCCUAAGCCUAGCGAGGGCUACGGGAGGGUGCCGGUCAUCCAGCGGGCGCACGCUGUGCCCAACGGCGAGCAGAGCGGCAGUGACACUGAUACAGACAGCGGCUAUGGAGGAGAACUGGAGAAGAUCGAGUGUGGCGCCCCACAGAGGCAUCCCGAGUACUACAGCCAGGAGGGCAAGCUGUUGAAGCGGAGCGCGGCCGAGAGGCAGAGUUCGGACGUCAAACGGGAAGACGACGAGCCCAGGCACAAACGAGCCCGGGCGGAGUCGUCUGAGGAUGAGAUGCUUUCGGGCGGCGAAUCCUCAUCGUCGUCCUCCUCCAGCGGUUACGGUAGCUACAUGAGCGUCUCCCCCAACCAUCCGCCCCCGCAUCCCCUCUGCAUGCCCUUCUACCUCAUCCCCCCUACUGCCGCCACCUACCUGCCUAUGCUGGAGAAAUGCUGGUACCCGGGAGCCAUGCCCUUGCUGUACCCCGGCGUGGGCGGCGGCGGCGCCACCGCCGUCCCCAGCGAGAGACCACCGCAGAUGGUCAUGUCUCCAAGGGGAGGCUCUCCAGCGCCAGCCAUGUCUCAGACGCCCAUGGACUCCCCAGCACUCCUACAGGCACUAAAGCAGGUACCCCCCCUCAACCUGGAAACCAAAGACUGAGAAAACAUGAUCGCCGAGUUGCUACAUGAGGAGGGAAAAGAUGACUACGCCGUCCUGUCGUCCAUCAAGUCAUUUCUCGACUUCGCUUCUCAUCUAGGAAUUCAUGGGAGACGGCUGGCGAAAUGGUCCACGUGUGGAUGAUGAAAAUGAUUGAAUGUUAAGUGCAAACGGACCUGCCCGACACACACACACAUACACACACAAGCGCACACACGUUUGAAUGUAAAGAAAGAUGUUUCAGAUGCUGCUGUUCGAGUCAAAAAUGUUGACAACACUGGCGCAUUUCACUUGGAGGUUUUGUAGUAGAGACAUGCUUUUUAUUUUUUUUGUACAACCAUCGCACCAAAUGUUAAAAUUUCACCCAAAGUUUAUUGCCUAUCAUCUGUCACCGGCAGCAGUAUCACUUUAAAAAAAAAGGUCUCAACACCGUGAUGAGCGCGCUGAAUGCAAAA